UAAUUACUGAAGAGAAAUGGUUGAAGAAAACCACACAAUGAUGACUGAAUUUGUUUUUGUAGGUUUAGUGGAUAGUCCAAAUAUGGAGCUGCUCUCUUUUAUCAUGAUACUAAUUAUCUAUUUAAUUACACUGACUGGCAAUCUUGGGAUGAUCAUAUUAAUCAAGAUAAGCUCUCAGCUCCAGAGCCCUAUGUAUUUCUUCCUCAGUCAUUUGUCUUUCUUAGAUUUUGGGUAUUCUUCAGCUAUUGCCCCUAAAAUGCUAGCUAACAUACUGGCAGACAAGAAAAGCAUUUCAUAUGCUGAUUGUGCUGCACAGAUGUAUUUCUUCAUUUUCUGUGCGAGUACUGAGUGUAUCCUCCUGGCAGCAAUGGCGUAUGACCGGUACGUGGCUAUCUGUAAUCCUCUCCUCUAUGUGGUUACCAUGUCUCCCAAAGUGUGCACUGGGAUGGUGGCUGGAUCUUAUCUCAUUGGCUUGGUGAAUGCAGUGACACAAACAGCUUCUACCUUUCAGCUCUCUUUUUGUGGCUCCAAUAUCAUCAACCAUUUUUUCUGUGAUGUUCCCCCUUUGCUAUCUCUUUCCUGCACUGACACAAGCAUGAAUGAAAUGGUGCUCUUCGUUUUUGCAACUAUCCUGGGUAUAUUUACUUCAACAGAAAUUGUGGUGUCAUAUGCAUUCAUCUUGACAGCAAUCUUGCGGAUUAACUCAUCUGAGGGGAAACAAAAGGCUUUUUCAACAUGUGCCUCCCACCUGGCAGCUGUAACCAUCUUCUAUGGAACAACCAUCUUUAUGUAUCUGUGCCCAAGUUCCAGCUAUGUUCUGGAUCAGGACAAAUGGGCUUCCAUCUUCUAUACCAUAGUAAUUCCAAUGCUGAAUCCUUUGAUCUAUAGCUUGAGGAACAGGGAAGUCAAAAAUGCCUUGAGAAGGAAGCAGGCACUGGGCAUGAGAUGCUUAUGAGUGCUGACAAACUGAAGCAUUUUUAUCUACUCAUAUGAUCUAAUAUGCCACUUUUUUUAAAAAUUGAAAGGAAGCAAAUUUGUCUGUAUGGAAAGUAUUCCUCAAAGCUGGAAACUAACCUGAGCAGGCUUUUUAAUUUUAACAACAACAACAAAAAAAAUUGAAGAAAUACAGCAUCAGGCAAA